UCAAACAUUAGGCUCUCAAAUACUCUCUUCAUAGCCUUAGUUUCAUAUCAUGCAACUAACAACAAAGAUUCUAUUAAGAACAAAAAUGUCUCCUCUCCUCUUCUUUUUCCUGGUUCUGCCGCUACUGUUAGAAUCAAAAGCUAAGGCGAUCGAGGCAGGAGAUAACUGUUCACUGAUCACCCAUCAGAUAACGGGGAAGAUUGGUGGGGUUAUCAAUUAUAGUUCUCGUUUAGGCAAGGAGCAGAAAGUAGCAAUGGAGAUGGCUGUUGAAGACUAUUUUCGUUCAAGUUGCUCUAAGCAGCUAACUCUGCAACUUGAAGAUUCAGGUGGAGACUCAUCUAGAGUUGCCUCUGCAACAACUGAACUCAUUAGUAGCAAACGAGUCCAAUCGAUAAUCGGGGCAAUGACAGCACAAGAAACUGGUCUAUUUUCGGAGGUUGAUAUGAACAUGAAGAACAUUCCUAUUAUAUCCCUGACUUCGCCUGCAAUAACUCCACCAUCGAUGCCACAUCAAUUGCCGUAUUUCCUACAAAUGAGUAACCAUAUAACCCUCCACAUGCAAUGCAUAGUUGACAUAGUAGGCCACUUCAAGUGGAGGAAAGUGACAGCACUGUACGAACACAAAAAUGGUUUCUCUGCUUAUUCUGGGAUUAUAACUCUCCUAUCUGACAAGCUUAAAGUUGUCAACUCAGAGAUUUCAUACCACUCAGAUCUCCCUUCCCUGUCUUCUAUAUCAAACCCAGAAAUCACCAUUGAACAAGAGCUUAUCAAGCUGAGGAGCAAAAGCAAUAGGGUCUUCAUAGUUUUAGUAUCUUCCUUGGAAUUGGCUAUCCUGCUCUUUGAGAAGGCAAAUCAAAUGCGGAUGAUGGAGAAAGAUUAUGUAUGGAUUGUCACAGAUGAGAUUGCAAGCCUUCUCGACUCUGUUGAUUCCUCUGUCGUGAACAAUAUGCAAGGCGUGAUUGGUUUCAAGACAAACUUCGCACGCACUCGUGACACUUUUAAACGUUUUAAAUCUAGAUUUCGAAAUAAGUAUGGAUCAAAGUAUCCAGAAGAAGAAGAAUAUUCUAAUCCAAGUAUCUUUGCACUCCGCGCAUAUGAUGCAACUUGGGCUAUUGCUCGAGCUAUGGAGAAAUCGCAGGGCAAAAUAACCUCAAAAGAAUUAUCUGGGAACAUUUUAUCCAGUAAUUUUGAAGGUCUAAGUGGCACCGUGAGGUUUGAAAACAAUGUAUUAUGGCAAUCGCCAUCGUUUCAGAUCAUUAACGUUGUUGGUAACAGCUACAGAGUGAUGGCAGUUUGGUCACCAAAAUUUGGAUUUUCGCAGAGUGAAGAAAAUGGAGCGACUGCCAACGGUUCUUUGAAAAACUUGGGUCCAGUUUACUGGCCAGGUGGAAUGCCAAGCAAAAACCCAAGAGGAUGGGCGAUAUCUGAUGCAGAUAUCCCAUUGAAGAUAGGGGUUCCUGCUAUGGGUGCUUUCAAACAAUUCGUGAGGGUGACUUUUGAUCAGACCCAGAAUGCAACUUGUGUAACCGGGUUCACAAUCAAUGUAUUUGAAGCAGUUGUCAAGCGCCUGCCUUAUAACUUGCCUUAUGUGUUAGUUCCCUUUUAUGGAACAUACGAUGAGAUGGUGGAGCAAGUUUAUCGCAAUGGCCUGGACGCAGCUGUUGGCGAUACAGAGAUAAUGGCAGAUCGAUUUCAGUACGUAGAAUUUUCGCAGCCAUAUGUUGAUUCCGGACUUGUUAUGGUAGUAACUCAGAAAGCAGAAACAUCGCAGGCAACAUGGAUGCUGAAAACCUUUACGAAAAAAUUGUGGCUGCUUAUGAUAGCAAUGCAUGUGUUCAUAGGGUUGCUAGUAUGGCUAAUUGAACGUGGGAACAACACUGAAUUUGAUGGGAUCGGGACAAUGCUGUGGUUUUCGGUUACCAUAAUAUUCUACGCACAUCGACAACCGCUCACAAGCAACUUAUCUCGAUUAGUGUUGACACCAUGGCUAUUUGUGAUUCUCAUUGUCGUGGCAAGUUUUACAGCUAGCCUUUCGUCGGCAAUGACAGUCUCACGGCUCGAACCAUCAGUGUUGGAUAUUGAAACACUGCAAAGAACAAAUGCACCUGUUGGUUGCAAUGGGAACUCCUUUAUUGUAAGAUAUUUGAUUAAUGUUUUGCUUUUCAAACCAGAGAACAUAAAGAAGAUUAAUUCAAUACAUGAUUACCCAGAAGCCUUUGAAACUGGAUAUGUUAAAGCAGCAUUCUUUGUGGAGCCUCAUGCAAGAGUCUUCCUUGGAAAAUACUGCAAAGGUUACACCAAAGCAGGACCUACCCUCAAGCUCGGCGGUUUUGGCUUUGUGUUUCCAAAGGGUUCACCUCUGGCUUUUGACAUCUCGGAGGCAACCCUCAAAGUUAUAGAGAGUGGAGAAUUGCGCCAGUUAGAGGAGUUGCUCUCCUCUUCUAAUUGCACCUCUCGAACUACCGCAAUUGACACCUCAAGUUUAGGCCUGGAACCUUUUGCUGGUCUAUUUAUAUUGUCAGGUGCCAUUGCAGCCUUCGGAUCCCUCGUUGCCAUUUUUCGUCUGGGUAGGAAUGUGCACAUCUUGAGUUACAUUCAAACAGUACUCACAAGAAGAAGAAUUUGGAGAUGGGCAAGUCUUCAAUUGUCCAGAAAAAGUUCUACCAAGGAGACUUCUUCGAUCCAAGCGUGUUGAGCCUGAGAUCAUUUUGCUCCCGGUAAAAAGUUGAUGCGUUGGAUUGGCAUCUUCCACACCAGGAACGCUUUGGCAACUGUACAUUUGCUUGUAUUGAUAUUGACCUUUCUUUGUGAAACUUUCAGGGGCAUCUUGUGAUUGCAUUUCAAAUUGAUGUUUCUAAAUAAAUAAUUUAUUUAAAAAAAUUAAUUUUUUUUUAUUUU